UGUGCACUCCUUCCUGGGCAGACACGGAGAGCAGACACGGGUCAUGGCUACAGCUUUCGCCCCCAAGGCUAGCCAGAUUCUGAUGACCCCGGAGCCACACUACAUCCCCGGCUACGGCGGGUACUGCCCCCGUUACAAGUUCAUGCUGGGCCAGACUUAUGGGAAGCUGACCUCGCAGCUGCUCACCAGCCCCGAGGCGGAUCACUCUGGCCGGCUGCUCCUGCAGCCCAACUGCUCCCCCAGAGACACAGAGGAGCCUCCGGAGCAGAACGAGAGUGGAGGGAAGCUCCCCCUGCUUGGCUGCAGCACCAUCCCAGGUUACACAGGAUUCAUCCCUCGGGCCCAGAACCACUUUGCCAAGACCUACAGCGAGAUCUGCAAGGAGGCCAGGAGCGAGUUUGCCCGGCAGCUGCUGAGGGGAGCCGGACAGCGGCAGGCCUGGAAGGCGGCUGGAGAGGAGUCUUCGAAGGACACCAAGCUGGAGUCUCACGGCCUCACCCCCAAGUGCAAGACCCCCCUGGCCGCCGUGUCAAAAGCUGCUGCCCCAUAUGUGUCUCGCUACGCCUUCCGGCCUCAGGGAUCGCCCUACUCUCUGGAGGACAGCAACCCACAGAGACACUUCAUCUCAGGCUUCACUGGAUUCGUCCCUCGCGCCCAGUAUCUGAUUGGGGCAAGCUACCCAGUCAUCACCCGCCGGGCUCUGGCAGAGUUUGACCAGAUGCGACGGAGGCAGAGGCAAGGGCCUACUGGAAGCAGCCACCAUGCCCAGAAAGGGGGCAAUGCCCUCCCUCCACUGAGAAAGACCUACCCCACAGACAUGGGCCUCCUGCCCCACUACAGGGGCUAUGUUCCAGGUUACAAGUUCCAGUUUGGCCACACCUACGGCCAGCUCACCUUUGACGCCCUGGGCCAGAGCACCCUGGAGAAGCAGGUGCUGGAUGGGGAACCAUGA